AUGAAAGAAUCCGAAAAGGUGUCGGAUUAUAUUUCAAGAGUGGUGACCGUUGCAAACCAAAUGAAGAGGUUUGAUGAAGAUGUGACUAAUUUAAAGGUGAUUAAGAAAAUCCUUAUAUCAGUUAGUGAGAAAUUUGAUCACAUGGUGACUGCCAUUGAAGAAUCGAAGGACUUGGAAGAUAUGACAAUUGAAGAAUUAAGCGAAUCAUUGGAAGCAUAUGAAGAAAAGCUUAAUAGAAGAAGGAAGGAACCAUUGGAGCAUGUUUUACAAUCAAAGCUCACAUUAAAAGACAAGGAAGAAAAGGGAAAUACAAGUUUCAGAGGACGAGGACGUGGACGAGGUUUUGGAAAAGGAGGAAGAGCUUGCAAGGACUUGCAGCAAGGAGAAAACCAUUAUUGGUUCUUUGAUACUGGAGCUCGUAAUCACAUGUGUGGGGACAAAGAUUUGUUCAUAGAGCUUGCUAAGAAGGUUGGUGGCAAUAUCACAUUCAGGGAUUCCUCCAAAAUUCCAGUAAGGGAGAAAGGUAAAAUUCUGAUACGUAUGAAAGAUGGAAAUCAUCAGUUUAUUUCAAAUGUUUAUUAUGCUCCAGUUAUGAAGAGUAAUAUUUUAAGUGUGGGUCAAUUAUUGGAGAAAUAUUAUAUUUUGUUCACAAAAGGUUGCAGUGUGUUUUGA